UGGGACUUGGAGUCAAAGAGUCAAAGACAGAAUCGCAUAGCCAGCCUUGCUCUACAAAUUCAAGACUCAGAAAAGCGACUCAACUUCUUUUCCUGUGAGCUGAGUUGCGUGAAUGGAUUAGACAAAAGCCAAUUUAGCAUCUAAUAAAAAACGACCCGUCACUUUCCUUGUCUUUGCGUUCCCAUGUGAACUUUCCCUCGAACAACGCCUCUCCUCUCCUCUCCUCUCCUUCACCCAUAUUUGCCUAUUUGCCGACUCUCUUACUCUGCAUUUUUGCAUAGCUUCCCUGUUGUUUGUUUGUUCAUUUCUUUGGUUUAGUCCUCUGCAAUUUGCCAAUUUUCUGGGAUUUCCACAUCCGGGUGGGCUUUUAGUAUUGGUGGGUUUCAAAAGCGCUUUUGUCAUCACGUUUCAUGAUUUAAAGGGUGAUUUUCUCAGAAGAUAAAGUCUUUUGAGAGAUAUUUUUAGCUGGUGGGCAUUUGGGUAUUUUCAUUUGCCCCUAAAGUAGCCAGCAAGUUAAGGAGUGUUUGGUCACUGAGUUCCCACUAUCUCGGUUUUUGGGUUUCUCCUGUGUUCAUGGAAAAGAUUGGAACUUUACAGAAUUUUCCCAGAAAAUUAACCUUUCCCUUCAGUUUCUUGGGCUUCUGGUGAAUUGGGUAAAAGGGUAAUGCCCAAAAUUAACUGUGGUUGGUUUGAGCUUUUUUUGGGUAGUUUUGAUGUGAAAUCAGUAGCUUUCUGAUGAGAUUUGAUGACAAAGAUGAAAUCUUUGAGCAGUGUGGGACUUGGGUUAAGUGUGGUUUUUGGCUGCCUUUUCUUGGCUCUGAUUGCAGAGCUUUACUAUUUACUGUGGUGGAAGAAGAGAUUUACUAGCAGAGAGAUUGACAGUGGCUACAGCAGCAGCCCACAGAAGGAAAUCUUCUACAUGUUCUGCUGGAGAAGAAGCACUUGCACUUCCUCCCGAAACCCCACAGGUAUCUGUGCUUCUUUGAGAAUGUCAGAAACCCUAGUCCAUGAACCAAGCAGCAACAAUCUGGUGCUCAAAUCAUUUGAGGAGGAUGAUUUGGAUGCUGAGCUCAUGAGGCUGCAGAAUGCUGGUGGGGGCCCACCAAGGCACCUGUUCACAAUUGUGGAGGAAACAAAGGAGGAUUUGGAGCAACAGUCAGAGGAUGGCGGGUGGAGGAGCCAGAAGGGUUCUAGGAGUAAGAGUCUUAGUGAUUUGCUUAUGGGAUUUGAGACUCCAUAUCUGACACCUCUUGGUUCUCCAACACUUUUCACACCUCCUCUCACUCCCCCGCAGGGUUUCAGCCCACUCUUUGAGUCAAAAUCUGAUGCAGAAUUCAACAGAUUGAGGUCCUCUCCUCCUCCAAAAUUCAAGUUCUUGCAGGUUGCCGAGGAGAAACUUAGAGUAAAAUUGCAGGAAAAAGUUCAGAAUAUUGAUGGAAAUGCUGAGGAAGAUGGUUCUUUCAUCACAAUCAUUGUUGACAAGAACAACGAAAAGUGCCAUUCAUCAAGCACUUCACAGGUUCUUCCUUUAGUUUCUUCACCUUCAGGAUUCAGAUCAACAAUUGGGAAGAAACCCAAUUUACAUUAGAGUUCGAUGAACCAAUUUUUUUGCUUUUUUUAAAAAAAUUAUUAUUUGUGGGUAAGUUUGUUAAAUUUGAUUAGUAAUAGAGGUUAAUGUGGAAUGUAAUGAGUUCUAGUGGUGGUGGGGGGGACAUAUAUUCAGGAACAUGAUGGUGUGAGAUGGGUUUUCCUGUUAGUGGGGGACCUCGUGACUGUGAAGUUGCUUUGUUUUAUUUAGCCUUCAUGUUCCCCUGAGUUGUCUCGUACCUGUAAUCUUCUUGUGACUGUGAUGAUGCUACACAACUGAUGUUCUUGUCC